AUGGAGCCGAGGCAUCCACUCAAUAGUGACGGAUAUUUCGAUUAUGGAAAACUACCCUUCGACUGCUUCGUUAUACACUAUUGGGAUGACGAGAGGGGCGCUGAAGAAGACCAGAUGCAGUGGGAUGAACUGGCUCGUCGAUGGCUGGAUAUGACACACUUCGAGCGCAAACCGUAUAUCUGGACGGCAAAGAGUCUCAAGAAAGCCAGUCCAGCCGGGCCAGGAUUUCCAACAGCCGAGCAGAUCUCUCGCAUUUUAAGUCCUCAUCAGACUUGGGAGGAACGCACCAUGUGUCCCGACAAGUACCAUUUCACUCUGCUGCUUCGUACUUGCUAUCAUCCCGAACUAGCCGAGGCAUGGAAAACCAUGAAGGCAGCGAUAUGUACGUCGGAUACAAUUAUCGGCGUCGAUCCAGAAUGCGUACUCGAGAACGAAGAUCUGUAUGGAGCCUUUGAGGCCGGGGAUAACUGGAAUCGCAUCGUUCUUCGCAUGCCCUCAAUCGUUGAUGAGAUAGAGCCAUGGCAGCGGGAGACGAAGGAUCACAUGGCUCCAGUGGAAGAAGCGUCCGUGAAAGAGCAGACACACAUCUUUGUCGUGGACGAGGAAGCACUGCGUGGGGAUUUCAUCAAGGUGAAGUGGCUUGAUAUCCACGGGAACUGCAUCUGGGACAACAAGCUUUCAACGGACAUGGUCGAAGAUUUCUUCGGUAGACAGGAGCUGGGUCACGGUUUUGAUGAUAUGCUGUGUUAUGGUGAUCCUUGGAUGUGCGAGAAAGGCGAGUUCAUGCUUUAG